AUGAACAACCCUCUUCGGUGUCGAAUGUCGGGAGAAGAGCUCGUGUCUCCGCGUCUGAUGUGGGAAACGAACGCCGUGGAUGUGGUGGUGCAUACGGAAGACGUCAGACUUUCGGGGCCUAAGCGUACGAUUGACAUGCCAGGGACUAUGGGCGUGCCGCUGGACGUCUACUAUCGAUUGUGCCAUGAUUUUGAUUCAGUUUGUGCAUUUGAUCCUGUCAUUCGUUGCGGAGUGGGGCCGUCGAAUUCGGGUAAAAGCUUCUUGCUGAAACGGAUCGUGCAAUGGCUCGACGACCUGACUGACCCCGUUUCGGUGUGCCAAGGGAUUCUUCUGUGCUACAGUAUCGAUCAGCCGCUCUACCACGAGCUUGUGGCCAUGGACUCGAGAGUUCGCCUCUUUCAGGGGCUUCCGAGUGACGCCGACAUUGAGAGCCUCGAGAAGCCACAUUUCAUUGUGAUCGACGACCAAUGCACCGAGUUGAAGAGGAAUAAGACUGUUGUUGACCUGUUUACGAAAGGAGUCCACCACCGCAACCAUUCUCUGGUCCGUCUGAAUUCGUCACGCGACCGACGUAGGAUUUUGCGUAAAGCUUCCCGCGAUGAGCUGGGGUGUCUCGUCGAGUCGUUGUUCAAUGUACGGUCGGGCAACGUGCCUCUUCACAAGUAUGAGCAUCGCAAGCUGAAGCGACACAUGGAAACGAUAGAUCGGUUGGCCCGACAACGUCAGGCAGAGGCGGCGCGUGCCGGUCUCGUGCAGUCUGGCGACUCCAUUCUGCCUAUCAUUCUACCUGCACUCAUCGACUUGGCCACACCGGCAACUUUUAACGAGAAACCGCUGCAGGGUGCCGGCACUGAGUUUACGCGCUUCACGCAGGACGAUGCCGAUAAGCAACGGCUCAAGGAGCUGGACACUCGUAUGCAAAGUACACUUGAAAACGAUCGUCUGCCUGAACAUGUCAAGACACACGUCUAUAAUCAACUGCUAGCUGUUUUCACCGAUCUUUUGAGUGAGUUGAGGAGGCGUCAGCCACAAGGAGAGCCCCGUCUACCGUCGCCUAAUCGAUACCCGGCUCCCCGAAAACGGUCGCCGUCCCCAGGUCAACGUCAGCCGACUACAAAGAAGCAGCGUAAGGCUCAGGCUGAGAAGGUCCGUGCCGAGAAGGCCCAUGCUGAGAAGGCUGAGCAGACACUGGUCGAGCAGACCGAGAAGGUUGAAGACGACCCAUCACCACGCCGGCUACGCAGUGGCUUGAAGCUGGGAAAGCCACUAAUGCAAGAAAUCAAAAAGACUUUUCCAUACAACAAGGCUACAAAGUCUCGAGAAUUUGACGGCAUGGAAGUACCAGAGACCGAGCUUCACAAGAUUGUUGCUCAUUUGAAUACACCGGAAUCCAAACGUAAAGCUGUCCCGCCGUAUUUGGGCACCGUCAUUGAUUCCCUGGAAAAAGCCAGCCCAAAUUCACCGGUAGUGGCUCAGUUCCGCACGCCUACGGCGGCGACACCGAUGCCUAGCCGUCUCUUCACUCCGCAGCGUUACUCACGCUUUAUGCAC